AUGGAUGGCUUUGAGCGGAGCGUAAUAAAAAAUAAGGAACUGAAUAAUAAAAUAGGUUUAAUUGAUUUGUUACGUGAUAAAAUGAAUGAACCUGAAAAUGAAUUGAAAGGUAAACAUAAUCUACAAAAUUUUCAAAUACUAGACGUUAAUAUCAAGCAACCACCGUCUAUCAUCUCAUCAUCAUUGCUCAGGAUUAAUGUAUCACCAUUUCAAUCGUGUGAUAUACAAAAAUGUUUAGCUGAUGAAGAACAUCGUAUAAGUUUGUGA